AGCCCGGGCCGUGCAGGAGGCCGGGCUCUACCUUGCCCCUCCCCGCAGCCCGGGCCGCGCCUCCACCCUCAGCGUCCUGAUUGCGUCCAGGGCGGGUUCCCCGGAUCCGGUGCAGCGACCCGUGGCUUUAAGGGGCUCUCGACCCAGGGCGCUCACAGCGCCGCCUAGCCGCUUCCUGUCACCGCCCAGCUCGGCCCCGCCCCGCCCCGCCCCGCCCGCCCCUGGAACUGCUAGAAUCCCGGGAUGCUGCCUUCGGGAGGGAUGCAGGCGGUGGCCGGGCUAGCCCAAGCCUCCCCGGAAACCGUCCCGGAUCGGGCUGGCCUUGCACCCCUACCGGACUCCCGGGGCAGCCCCAAGCUUUCCCCCUAAUUUCCAUGCAGUGCUGUGUAACUUUACAAUGUAAUUUCGGGGCAUUUGGGAGCUCGGUUCUCACGUGAGAAAAGCCUGAAAUCGGCCUCGCCCAGCCUAGGUUUUCUCCUAUGAAACAUGAAUUCUAAUACUAAGACUACAUUUUCAGCUCUUGUAAGGCCCUUACAGCAGUGCCUGGUGUGAGCGUUCGUCUGGGCUUCACCUAUGGGAAGUAGUCAAACAGGAAAACAGACGCAGAGAGGCUGUUACUUGUACAAGGUCGCACAGUUUGCCAGAGAUUUCUAGUGUGGAGCUCUUGGAUUUGACUUCUUUUCCCACGCUCGCAGGGUCGGUCGGGUAAUUUCUGUAGCUCUCGGACAACUGCAGUUUUAUCUUUUACUGCCGAGUAACAGUAGUCAAGAAAACUAUUGCUGCUUCCUGUCGCAAGGCCUAGCAGGGCAGAGUCGAAAUCGGCCAGCUAGACAAUAAAACAAGGUACCUCAAAGACCAAGCAUGGUGGCGUGGUGGCGCAUGUCUUUAAUCCCAGCACCCUGGAAGCAGAGAAAGGGGGAUCUCUCUGAGUUCAAGGCCAGCCUGCUCUAUGUAGCGAGUUCCAGGACGGCCAGAAUAGAGAAAUCCUGAUUCAAAAUAAAAUGUCUCAGCCGGACAGUAGUGGCACACGCCUUUAAUCUCAGCACUCCGGAGGCAGAAUCAGUUGGAUCUUUGUGAGUUCGAGGCCAGCCUGGUCUACAGAGCGAGAUCCAGGACAGGCUCCAAAGCUACACAGAGAAACCCUGUCUCAAAAAACAAAAACAAACAAACAAAAAAGGUGUCUCAGAAGGUAUCUCCUACCCCGUUUCAGGGCCCAGGGACGGAUGGGAAGAUACUUUUGAAUGGAAAACCUGGCCUUCAUUGAACAGAAAGUUCUCAGUUUUUAGGACUCAUGCUGUCUUCUUGUAGGCAUUUCACACACUGUCACAUGUCGUUCUCAUAGGCGGCAGCUACUGGACAGUAAUGAUUCAUUUUCAAUAUGAAGAAAUUGAGGCUGGGGCUGGAGAGAUGACUUAGUGGUUGAGAGUGUGUGCUGUUUUUGUAGAGGACCAGAAAUCGGUUUCCAGCACCCACAACUGGUGGCUUAUAACCUCCAGUAACUGCAGGGGAUCCAAUGCCCUCUUCUGGUCUCCAAGGGUAUCUGCACACAUGUGCACAAACCCAAACACAGACACGUAUAUACAUAUAAUUAAAAAUAAAUAAGUCUUAGAAAAAAGCCAGGCAUGGUGGUACACACUUUUAAUCCCAGCACUUGUGGGUGAGUCUCUGUGAAUUCAAGGCCAGCCUGGUCUACAGAGUGCGUUCUAGGCCAGCCAGGGUGACAUAGUGAAACCUGGGAAAAGAAGGGAGGUACUCCCAUCUGGUGGAAGGAAAGUAGGGAAGCUGGGACUUAAGCCUGACCACUCUGCAUGUGCAUACAGGCACACUGUGAAGACAGAAAGACACCACUCAUUCUCCUGCUACUGGCCGGUCAUUAACUUUUCAGUAUAUGCCAUGCAAGUCAGGAUGCACAGCCGAGGUUCGGCCAGGCAUGAUCAUGCACACCUGUAAUCUCAGCACCUGAGUAGCUGAGGCAGGAGGAUCCUGACUUCAAGACCUCACUCAAAACAACUACAGCAGUAACUAAACAAACAGGAAGGAAUGAAGGAAAAAGAAAGAGCUGAUGUUCAUAACAUGGAAAGAAAUCUGGUCUGUCCAGUCAGGCAAGAAAGACAGCAUGCUGGCAAUUGUGGCACCUGGGAGGCUGAGGCAGGAGGAUCGUAAUUUAGAGGGCAAUCUGAACUAGGUAGUGAGGCCCUAUUUAAAAAGAAAAAAUCCUGCCACUGCCCAAAUAAGUGGGCCAGUGAGAUGGCUCAGUGGGACCCUCCAGGAAGCCUGACAACCCACGUUCAAUUCCAGGGACCCACAGGUGGAGGGGAGAAUUGCAGCUUGUCCUCUGACUGCCCCAUGUGCACUGUGGCAUCUGAGUGUGUGUGUGCACACAAAAUAUUAAAGUUUUAAAAAGUGAGCCAUCGCUGGGCAAUGGUGGCGCACGCCUUUAAUCCCAGCACUCGGGAGGCAGAGCCAGGCGGAUCUCUGUGAGUUUGAGGCCAGUCUAGUCUACAAAGUAAGUUUUAAGACAGCUAGGACUUACACAGAGAAAGCCUGUCUUGAAAAACAAAAACAACAACAACAAAAAAAAAUGAAACAAACAAAAAAGUGGCCCAUCACUUCCAUUGAUGUAUUUCUCAUGUAAAUGGGGUCAGAGUUAGGAGUGCUCUGUCUGGUUGUGUGUGUGGUGUGUAGUGUACACGUGUGUGUGUAUGGAGGUCAAAUGUUGCCAUUUAGCUAGGCUGGGUGGCCAGUGAGCACCAGGGAUCUGCGAGUCUCCGUUCCUACCCCAUCCCCCUUCCAUUGCUGGGCUUACGGUCCCACAUGGCUAAUGAGAAUCUAAACUCAAGUCCUGAUGCUUGUGUGGCAAGUACUUUACUGAUAGAGACACCUCCCAUGGCCUUUUUUCUCCUUUUUCUGAGAUGUAUCCAAGGCUGCCAUUAAAUCCUUAGUCCCCAUCUUCCUGCCUCCACCACGAGAUUACAGCUACCACGCUGGUUCUCUGUUUUUAUUAUGAUUGAGUGUGGGCUCACACGUGACAUGGCUCAAGUGUCGAGGUCAGAGGACAGCUUUUGGAAGUAAUUUCUCUCCUUGAACCACAUAGCAGGAGUGGAGGGGAGAAGGGAUACAGGAGGAAGCGAUUUGAAAGCUGAGAAAGAUGUCAGGGAGCUUCUAGCAAAUGCAAAGUCCUGCCUUUCAUAGAGGGUGGUGUUUGGGGCAGUACUGAAGUCUGGCCAGAGUGAGGCAGCAAGGUGAGAAGAGAGGCUGGAAUGAGAGCGGAUGAUCUGCUUGACUGCACUUGGGACCUUGGUUCUUACUGGUUCACCAAAUAAACAGGAAUGAAUUAGUGACGGGUGGUUGCUAAGGGCUGUCUUCCUCCUGCUGCAGACAAGCGAUCCCAGUGUGCAUUGUCCAAGCUGAACUCCCCUGAGUAUCAUGCCUUGAUCCUCUGCCUGGCAGAGGGAGGCCUUAGUUAGCCUGGCCCAGUUCCUCUGAGCUUUCUUUGGAAUGUCUAUAUAUAGGGAAGAGUGCGGUCCAGCUGCCACUGUCCGUCUGCCUUCCUUGGGGUCUGGUCCACCAUUCCCUGGCCCCAGACUUAGUUGUCUCCACGUUCUUUCUGUUGAUUUAGCAACUGUCCACGAGGCUUGCCUACCUCACCGCUCAGCCUGGACCCUGUGGAUUCUUAGGGUGCGUUCCCUUUGGACUCCUUCUGCCUCCCACUUUCACUCUACAGAGGAUCAGCUGAACUUCGGGAAAGGGCUAGCUGCCCCCUUUCAUAUUGUCAUACUUUAUGUGUAUUUACGAAUAUUUCAUAUAUACACUUACAUUCCAAACCCCAGGGAUUUCACCAUAGAAAUAAAAACUGAAUAACUACACUGACGAAUGAACGUUUUGCUCAUAGAAAUGAAGCCUCCAGUGCUAGGGCAGCAGCUCACUGGGUACCGUGCUUGUCUAUCAUGCACAAAGCUCUGCUUUCAGCUCCCAACAUCAAAUGAAAUCAGGCGUGAUGGUGCAUGUGCCAAACCCCAGCGUCUGGGAGGUAGAGGCAGGAGGGUCAGAAGAAGUUCAAGGUCGUCCUCAGCUACAUAGUGGGUUUGAAGCUAGCCUGAGUUACAUGAGACCCUAUCUUAAAAAAUUAAUAAUAAUAAGGAAAGACGAAGAAAAAAUGAAGGCUCAGCCUUGGAUACUCUACGACACAAAUAGAAUACUCUAGAACCUGACUUUGCAGAGGCAGGGAAGGUCUAGACAUAUAAUGUCUAGGACAAAUCCACUUGCUAUCUCUUUAUUGUUUAGAGAACCUGUCUUUCUCACCAAAAAGUGGUUCUAAAUGCUUUUUCCCUGGAUGAGCAUAGCUUGAGAGAAGAAUCCUUUUUAUUUUUGUCAUGUUCAUUUCUCCUAAUAUAAGCCCCACUCUCAUAGCUCUGUACACUUCUUCUGGGUGGGUCCCCAAGGCCUGCUUGUCCUAACUUUAUUCCACAGUAAAGGUUCAAUGAUAAGAACUGGUUAAGAGCACUUGCUGCUCUCCCAGAGGACCUUGGUUCAGUUCCCAGCAUUCUCACAGUGGUUCCCAGCUGUGGGAUCUGAUGCCUUCUUCUGGUCCAUUUGGGCAUCAGGCAUGUACAUCGUGCACAGACAUCCAUGCUGACAAAACACCCAUACACAUAAAAAAAAAUAAGUUUGAAAAGAAUCACCAGGGCCGGGGACGUAGCUCAGUCGGUAGAGUGCUUUAUAGCAUGCACAGAGCCCUGACUUGUAUAAAUCUAUCACGCCUACAGUCUCAGUGAUCUGGGAGACUGAGGCAAGAGGAUUGCUUGAGCCCAGGAGUUGCAGGCCAGCUCAGUUGACAGUGGAGACUCUGUUGUAAAAUCAAUCAAAGGACUUAAAAAGGGCUUAGUGGCAUAUGCCUGUAGAUCCCAGCACUCUCUGGAGGUGGAGGCAGGGGGAUUAGAACGUCAACAUCAUCAUAGCUACCUAAGGCGUUCAAGGCCAGCCUGGAACACAUGAGAUCUGGCCUCCAAACGGGGGAAAAGAAUUCUUCAGUAGACCUGUGUGACUUACAAAGCACUCUAGUCAGAUGGGGGUAAUAAUAGUUACCACCUCACAGGAUGAACACCAGAUGAGAUCAUGGAGCUGAGAUGCUCAGCGUAGUGUGGAGACGUGACGUGUUGUGAGAGUUCAGUAAGUAGUGGCCUAGGUAUCCCUUCCCCAUUGGGCCAAGCACCAGCCCUAGGCGCCUAGCAUAAGCUAGGUGACUUAUUCGUCUGGGCUCACAUCUGCCGUUUCUAUCUCAGAGGAAGGUGUGCUUUGAGGGCCUCACCAUGGACCCACAGUCACGUGGACUUCAAGCCUGGGCUCUUCCCAUUCCACUUCCACUAUGCUGUCUCUAUUCUGAACAUCCCCUCCCAUCUUGGAGCAAAUGUACUGGGGGAAGGGAGCCGCAUAGGACAGUGGAGCAGGGCGAGCCCUUCUCCUAAGAAUCUAGGAGACGUCAGAGCCUGCCACCUGCUCAGAAGCUUAAAUUUCCCUGCAAAGGCCCUUGGCUAAAUUAGGUAAUGGGCUAGGACUCUGGGAGGGGUGGGGCUUACUGACCCCCGGAUCUGAUUGGUCAGGGUAUCUAGUUCUGGGGAGCAGGGAGGAGGGAAGAGAGGAUGCCCCUACAAAUCCUGGGGGCUAGAGAGAUCUAGGGCACCUUUGGGUGGUGGAGUGCGAAGGAGACAACCCACAGCAGAGGAGUCCCUGUAACCAGCAACCAUGGUAAGGACAUGUUCGCGGGCUGCUUCUGGGCAGGCUGCUUCUGGGCCUCCUUCAGUCCCAGAACUGGGUGUUCUGUGGGCAGCAGUGUGGACAUCUGAAGGACAAUAAGAGUUGCUGGAACCCAAGUGGACAUCCUGGGAAGUCUGUGACUUCUCUUGCAUGGGGAGGGCUGGUCAAGAUGUUCCUCAAGGCUGUGAUGUCCUGGCUACCUUCUGAGGCUUGAGACAGUGUCUUUCUGCAGUCAGGGUUGUGUGGAAAAGGUCUCAGCCUGUCUGCUUCAUUGGAGAGAUGGAGACCCUGAGGGCAGGAAAAAGUCACCCAGCAAGGCAGAGGCAGAGUUGGCUUCCUAGGCCCAGCUGAGCCUGUGGCAGCCAGAGAAGAAAGGCUUCCCUGUACGGUGGGAGGCCUAUGGGGCCUGCAGCCAGCUCGGGUGCAUCCUCAAGAAUCCUGAGGAUGAUGGGAAGUGGGAGUGUGUGACAGGCCAGAGUUAGAGACCCUGACCAUCCACAGAGGGGGUCUAACCUGGGGCUGCCGUUUUCUUCUGAGAUCCUCCUUCCCACUUCACUUGAAGGAGUAAUUGGACUCCAGAGACCAGCUGCCAAUGCCCAUGCCCAUCUAAAAAUAGCCUACCCUCCGGAUCAGGCCAAGGGGCAGAGGAGCGAUGGAGGGUCUGGGCCAGCUGGCUGAAGAACACCUUGGGGCUCAUCACUCCUUCCUCACCACCAGGCCACCAAAGCCCUGACCUAGAUGGCCUGGCUUGGCUGUGACCUGGAAAAAUCCACGGAAACCAUAUAUUAAGGGUCAUACGUUAUGCGCGUGAAAACCCCAGUACUCAGGAGGCCGAGGCAGGAAAAUGGAGAACUUGAGACUAGCUUGGUUUACAUCAUGAGUUCCAGGCCAACCUGAGCUACAUAGCAAGACAAUCUAAAAACCAGAACCGAAAUCAAAAUGUUGAAACAGAACAAAAUUUCCUUGCUUUCACACCAAGGCAAGGCCCCACCACAUUUGACACAGUGCCGGAGGUGUAUUCUUCAUUGACUGAGUGUGAAAUUCCACCUCUGCAAACCCUCUGAGGCGAAGCUGCCCAUGUCUUCCUGUGGUCUCAGCCUCUGAGCACUUGGCAGGUGUUCUGAGACUCUGCAUUCCAUUAUUUAGCUCAGGACAAAUAGUACCAAGCAGCAUCAGGAGAUAGGGAAACUAGAAAAUCACCCUGGAAUGGUGCUAACACAUCCCAAACCCUCUCCCACCCCUGAUUUCCUAUUAUCCCCACAAAGCAGCCCAGGAAGUGUGAUUUGCCAAAGGUCACUGCUGGCAUGGGGGUGGGGGAGUUCCUGGCUUGGCUGUCAGAGGGUACAGUGAGAAAACUAUGGGCACAAUCUAAAUGUCUCCUCUCCUCAGCACUGGGGGCGGGCACUGAGGGCUACCUGGGAGGUGCAGCAGAUUUGGAGUAGUUCUGGAGGGCCCAGGGGCACUUCCUAACAAGUGGGGGCUGAGGAGAAUGGAACUGAGGUAAGAAUCCUGCCCUUCUGCGCUCUGAUUCUCCCUUUGUCUUCUCCAGACGGACCAACAGGCUGAGGCCAGGUCCUACCUCAGCGAGGAGAUGAUCGCUGAGUUCAAGGCUGCCUUUGACAUGUUCGACGCUGACGGUGGUGGGGACAUCAGCGUUAAAGAGCUGGGCACCGUGAUGAGGAUGCUAGGGCAGACGCCCACCAAAGAGGAACUGGAUGCCAUCAUUGAGGAGGUGGACGAGGAUGGCAGCGGUACCAUCGACUUUGAGGAGUUCCUGGUCAUGAUGGUCCGCCAGAUGAAAGAGGAUGCGAAGGGGAAGAGCGAAGAGGAGCUGGCGGAGUGUUUCCGCAUCUUUGACAGGAACGCAGACGGCUACAUUGAUGCUGAGGAGCUGGCUGAGAUUUUCCGGGCUUCUGGGGAGCACGUGACAGAUGAGGAGAUCGAAUCCCUGAUGAAGGACGGCGAUAAAAACAACGAUGGCCGCAUUGAUUUCGAUGAGUUCCUGAAGAUGAUGGAGGGCGUUCAGUAAAGAGCCGGCCUUCGCUUCCACCCAGAUUGCAGGCCCGGUGGGUGUGGACAACUCCACCCUUGCCUUCCCCGCCCCACCAGGGAAAGGAAGCUCCUUCGGGCCUUGUGGCUGGAAGGAAUAAAAGCUGACAAUGAAUGCAAAACUGGCCGGACUGACGGGGGAGUGAUUGAGGGCAAGGGUUCUUGGGGGUCGCCUGGCUGGCUUGGC